AUGCGCAUGCCACAGGCUGGGCUGCGAGAGGCCAGCUCAGCAAUGACUAACUCUCGCUCGGGUAUCAUGGCGCCAGGCACAAUCGCAAACAAGGCCAUGAGCAUGUCGCGUAUGGAAUCACCAGAAAUCAUGGCGCAACAAGAACUGACACCCCCGGAAGCAACUCGCCCCAAGGCCACCAAUCCCGAAUCCAGGAGAGCAGGGUCCGUCGCCCGACAACCUCCCCAGACGACCAAAACGCAUAGUCGGGGAAAUUCAUACUCCUCAUCGACUAUGACCCGAUCGACAACAGCCGCAUCCCGCACCGGUCACUUUUCAUCCACCAUCGGCCCAGGGACGCGCCCAACCUCAAACAUGUCGCGACCGCAAACCUCCUUCAACGCCCGCAGACCCGUUGGCGCAUCCAUCCCGCGCGCGGCCAGUGCAUUGGAUACCCAUAUGGAAGAUACAUCUCCCAGCGUAUUAGGGAAACGAAAGGGUAUGCCCCCCAUUUUUUUGACCCCCAGUCGGAUCCCCUCUUGCCCCGUUGGAUACACCUCCCCAGGAUUGGAACAUGAGUGGGAUGAGAGCCGCAAAUUGGCGGCACUUGCUAUCUCAGAACGACCUGGUGAUCUUCCAGAUCGCCCUAAUAUCAGGACUGUCGCUGUGAUACCAAGUACCCCAUUUCCCCGCGACCCCUGUGAUGGUUCCCCAGAGCGACUCGAACUCAGGACAUGUGCAUCUUCAUCUUCGCUCUUUGCAACCCCUGAGAUCCCCAGAAUCUCAUGUUUCUCUCCCCGGCGACUUCUUAAAAAAUCAUCGCAGCCCGUGUUUUUGACCAAGGAUUCCUCGUUCAGAAGUUUUGACCAUGUUACAGGACCCGAAUGGGAUCAGGAUUCCCGCGAAAAGAACCUGGAUAUGUUGAUGAAGACAUUCAUGGAUCAAAUGAAUCAGCAAGGACAAGCCAGCUCCGGCUUGAAGGAGACCGUGGAUUUGUACAAGACAAGGAUAACCGAACUCGAAACCUCUCGAGACGAGCUGAAAGAAGCAUCCCUCACCCAGCGUGUGGAGCUAGACUCGUUACGAAACCAGCUUUCCGCUGCAGAGCAGACGCUGAAGGACGCGAAGCGAGAUCACGAAAUCGCCGUGGAUGACCUAGACCAACGCCAUCGCAUUGAAUUGGACUCCUCGAAGCAGCGCACCGACCGAGAAGUGGCGAGCCUCAAUGCUCGACACCACGAGGAGACCCGCGAGCUCCAGCGAAAGUUUGAACGUGAGAUUGAAGAUGAGAAGGCUGCCCGGGUCCGAGCCCUUGGUCAAUUAACAUCGCAGUCUGCACUUGACACGCAGAAAUUACAAAUUGAAGUGGGGCGCAAGGACCGUGAGCUUGGAACUUUGCGCGAUGAGUUACGCAUCCUGAAAGGAGAUAUGGAUCGCGAACGCAGAACCGUGCAGGAACUGAAGCAAAAUCUCGAGACAGUCAGCAACAACAGCGUCACUUUGGAGUCCUCCAUCCGAGCACUCAAGGCACACAUCGAGUUCCUUGAAGGGGGACGCGAAGAGCAAUCAAAAUCUUUUGAGCGAUGCAGCCAGCAAAUGAGGGACGCCUUUGCCGAAACGGAGGCAAUCAAAGAGAAGCUCAGGAGAGAGGAAACACUCCGACGCAAGCUUCACAAUCAAGUACAGGAACUCAAGGGCAACAUUCGGGUGUUCUGUCGAGUGCGUCCCUCCUUGAAAAAUGAGCCUUCUUCCGACCUCACCCUUAUGCAAUACCCCGAUGAAACCGAAGAUGCGAAGGAAAUUAACAUCAUCGGCCCGGAAGAAAAAGGCAGCUUGGGUGGGGUCACCCGAAAGAACAAUACCUUUUCGUUCGAUCGUGUGUUUAACCCAUCAACCAAGAACGCCGAGGUUUUUGAUGAGAUCAGCCAGCUUGUUCAAAGCGCCCUGGAUGGCUACAACGUUUGCAUAUUCUGUUACGGCCAGACCGGCAGUGGCAAGACACACACAAUGUCUUCUGUCGAUGGAAUGAUUCCACGAGCCGUUCACCAGAUCUAUGAAACCGCAAAAGGGCUCGAAGAGAAGGGUUGGCGAUACACAAUGGCCGGUAACUUCGUGGAAGUUUACAAUGAAAAUAUCAAUGAUCUCUUGGGCAACCCCGACGAGCUGGACAAGAAGAAGCACGAGAUUCGUCAUGACGCGCAGCGCGGCAAGACGACGAUAACCGAUAUCACGACGGUAAACCUGGACUCUCCUCAGAUGGUCGAAACGAUUCUCCAGAAUGCCGAUGCCAACCGCUCAGUCGCGGCGACCAAGGCUAAUGAACGUUCGUCCCGCUCUCACUCUGUGUUCAUUCUGAAGUUGACCGGCGAAAACCACAUCACCGGUGAACGUAGUGAAGGCACUCUCAACCUAGUCGAUUUGGCAGGCAGUGAGCGUUUAAGCCACAGUGGAGCGACAGGCGAGCGUUUGAAAGAGACACAGAACAUCAACCGCAGUCUCAGCUCCUUGGGUGAUGUUAUCGCAGCCCUUGGCCAAGGCAAAGAGGGUGGCCACAUCCCAUAUCGAAACAGCAAGCUAACCUAUUUGCUCCAAUAUUCACUCGGCGGUAACUCCAAGACACUCAUGUUCGUGAUGGUCAGCCCUCUUCAGGCGCACAUGCCGGAGACAUUGACUAGCUUGAAAUUCGCCACCAAAGUCCACAACACCCAUAUUGGCACCGCAAAGCGACAAGCUCGCGUCCGUGACACCUGA